UGUUUGUAAAUACGCCACUGCAGGAUGUCUUAUAUAAAUACAAAAUUAACAUUAAUAUUACAAAUAAGUAACGAACAAAAUUCGGAUUAGGCUACGUUCUCGUUUGCCACAAAUAUACGGGAAUUACAUGAUUUAUUGCGCAUUUCCACACGCACACAUGUACGCGCCCCUCACGUCAGUCGACUAAUCAAUCACUCAAUCGAGACACACGCACACACACACACACCCGCCCAAUUCGGUUCUACAUCAAUUCAGUUUGUGAUUGUCGCUUGAGGAGAGCAUAACGCCGGUCGUCUGUCUCGCCAGGUGGUGGAAAUAAGUUAGUACAUAUAUAUGCACGUCCAGAUCCAGAGCAACUACAACAAUCGGUGGGAGCAUGUGAGGUGUUCGCCAACACUGGACGCUCCAAGUGGCAACUCUGGCCAACUGUAAACAACAACAGCUGCUCGCCUUGAACAACAAAAAAGAUGGCAACUGCUCUUCCAGAUCGCUUUAGUGCGGGCAAACGGCAGUUCUGGCGCGAGUUUCUGGCCCUAUAUCAGGGCAUGCCGGAGCUGUGGGACGUCCACCAUGUCAAUUACCGGAACAAGGAGCUGCGGAACCGGGCUUACGAGUUGCUGGAGAGGAAACUCCGGGAGAUCCAGCCGAAUGCCACGCGCACCGAAGUGGGGAGGCGCAUCAACAUAUUCCGCACCAAUUACAGGCGCGAGCAGAUGCGAAUCCUCAAGCAGAAGGAGCUGGGGCUGCACUCCGACCUCUGCAAACCGACUCUCUGGUUCUACGACUACAUGGGUUUCCUCCUGACCCAGGAGACCUUCCAGCACAGGACCAGAAAAGGUCGUGGCGGCAGACAAAAGCCCGAGUUUUGCAGGGAAAAGAACGACAAAUUCAACUCGAAGAAUACAGAUCUCAAUACGGACAGCGUUUGUGAUUGGCCGACGAGGGAUGACAACGCUUUCAACUACCAGUCCGAACCCGCGGUCCCACAAUCCGAAGAGGGUUCCCUGCUCAGUCCAAAAGUGGAAAUCAUAGAGCCGGAAGAAGGGCACUGUGAAGUCAAACAGGAAACGUGUUUGGAAAAUUCAUUGGACCCGAAGGAACCCACAUCCUCCAUCCAAACGGAGCCCGAGAAUGAGCGAGGAACUGCACCCAUGAAACUCAGCGAGUCCUCCGAAGCACUGGCCAGAUCCUGGGCUAUCCAGUACGAGGAAAUGUCGCCCACGCAGCGGAUUCUGGCCCGAAAGGCCAUCGCGGACAUCCUGUUCGAGGGCUGCAUGGGCAACCUGCGAAUAAACCGUGGCGAACAGCAGAGCACCGUGGGAAAUCACUUCUGAAUCCUAUAUUAACACUAUUGCAACACUGGAUAUUCCUGCAUUUGUUACUCUACGACUUUUGAAGCAUUUCAUAGAACUAUCACAAUUGAAGUUUUCGAAAACUCGAAACUAAGCACUAAAGGCUCUAAAGAAAGUUCGAAACCACUCAGGCCAUAAUGACGAUGAACGAGGCAUUGCAAACUAGAGGGUAAUAUAGGUACAACAAAUACAAUUAAGAUUUAAAAGUGAAUGCAGUUUAAAUAUAUCAACCAAACAGAAUUAAAAUGUUUCUGUACAAAAGA